AUGACAGGAACAGGUCGGCUUCAGGCUCUGUUAUGCCUCUUCGAGAUCGACAUGUUUAUGGGGUUUGGCACCUCACAAGCCUCCCAAGGCUGUAGGGCUACCAAGACGUGCAAUCACGAUAAAGACAUGAGAGUUUGCCGUAUCACCUUACAGUGGCUUACACUAGGCGCCUUACCAAUCUUCUCAGUACCAUGCCGUCUCCACUGUCCCUUCGUAUCCCACGAAAUGGGGCUCCACUCCUCGCAGCUACGCCACGAGUCGUCGCCCUUGGAGGUGCGUCUACAGGAUUCUCUGUUAUAA